AUGAAGAGAACUACCAAAACAUUUUGCAUUGCAUCCACAGCAUCCGCACUCGUUCUUAUAAUGCUUACCAUAUCAGCAUUGUACGUUUUGCUUGGUGCUGCCAACCGUGCAUAUACCGACCUUGCCGAAGUGGUGUAUGCUAAUGCUUUAGACCUUCCCAGAGAUGAAUUUAUGGAUGGAACAAUAGGUUCGUGUUUCUGUUCGCUUGCAUCAGUGAAACUAAAUGACGAGGACAACGUAUCUUAUCCUAUGUACGAAUUCGAUGCACUCGAGUCAAAAGAUGAGUUACGGAACCUAAGCGCUAACACAAACGAUAAAUCGUACUACAAAAAGUUUUUGCGAGCGUUUGUGAAAGACUACCGCAAGGUUGCUGAGUGCCGUAUAUUCCAUAGCGAUAUUCAACGCCAAAAAAUACUUCCUAAGCAAACUCUGCUGGUAAGAAUUGCUUCAAAGAUAUUCAGAAACUUUACAAUCUGCCGUAUUGACCGUAUGAUUGAUUUUAUACUGCAGGACGUGCCGGAUAACACGAAGCAGUUCAAUUUGUUUAUCAUGCACUACGACGAGUCUGAUCGGUUCAGGCUGUUUAAAAUACUCGUGGACAGCGAGAAAGAAAGUUUGGAAUUGGCGAAAACUAUGAGGCUUGAAUUGGACGAGCAUGAGGCCUUCGUUGUAUGUUCGGAUAUGAUAGUUAAGUUGAUUGCAUCUCAUAAACAAAGAGGCAAUGAACGAUAG